UAACUAACAACGGAAACUCGAAGCAGCGCCCGUUUAGCAGCCUGCCGUAUCGCAUCCGGCCCAACAAACUCCUCCUCCCCUCCAAUCUGGUUCCAAUGUGUGGAACGCAUCGAAAACAAAAAACAAGAUGGCGCCUUAGUGUAAACCACGCGCACCGGAUCACUGGAAGCGUUACUCCUGCGCGUCCACUUAUCUCAUCCAAGCCGACAGUUGUACAUUCUUCGAAUUGAAACCGAAAACAGCAGCCACAGACGCGCGGACACUGCCAACACUAAGAGCGAAAAGAAGAAGAAGAAGACUAUAAGAAGAUGAAAAAAGCCGAACCGUUCUGCUCUUCUUCCUGCCUCGUCACAUAACUCCAUCCCCAUCCCCUGACCCCUUGCGCUCUUUCUUCACACGGCGACAUCACGUGGAUCGAACCCGGGCACACCGACGCAACCGAGAAGGCCCGACUUUAUCAGCGUUGGCCAGCAGCAGCAGCAGCUCGGUGGGAGCGGCACCAUGACCGGCAACUACUACGACUUCCCGCUCCAGCCCCAGCAGCAGCAGCAGCAGCAACUUCCACCACAGUCGAUGGCACUGCACCAGACAACAGGUCUUCCCCCCCAGCAUCCGUACCAUCAGCAGCAGCAGCAGCAGCAGCAGCAGUACCCGAUGGCAGUGCACCAUAAUGGCGGACUAGCCGGCCCGGGAGGCCAACCGUCCCAGCAGCAGCUGCAGCAGCAGCAGCAGCAGGCGCUCAGGGGCAGCAAUGCCGGACCGUCGGUCGUGUACCAUCACGGCAGCCCGCAGCGCCGGUACCUGUCCGAGGGCGAGCUCGUUCGGCAGGGGGCGGAGCUGUCGUACGCCCGCAACAACCAAACGUCGGACAACAUCCGCGAGCUGGCCGGCAGCCCGCAGCGGGGCGUCUACCUCUGGAAGGAUACGUCGCCCGGCUUCAAUCAGCCGAACGGCGGGCCCCAGCAGCAGCAGCAGCCGCCGCCCUCGGUCUAUCAGAACACGCCCAGCCCGACGGCACCGCACCAGCAGCAGCAGCAGCCCCUGCCCCAGUCCAUGGCCCCCAACGCCGGCGGCGGGCUCGGGGGCGGCUCCGGCGGCCUCGGCGCCUACCACCCAGCGCUCCGGGGCGGCGUGCCCGUCUUCCCGCCCCAGCCACCGAUGCAGCAGCAGCAGCAGCAGCCGCUUGGCCAGCAGCAGCUGAACGGGCCCGGUGCGGCCGGUGGUGCCGGUCCCCAGGCACCGUCCCCGUCGAUCAAGCGGAAAGCCACCCCGACGCGGCCGAUGUCGUUCGUGCGGGCGCUCGAAAUGACCGACUCGAUGGAGCUGGGCGGCGCACCGGCCGGGCCGGCCAACGCGAACGGUGCUAGCGCGAAUGGGCCGACCGCCAGCGUCGCUGCAGCUGCCGCCGCCGCUGCAGCCAACGCCACCAACACCUCACCGCCCGACCAGCGCGCCAGCGUGUAUGACAUGAACUACGAGAUUUCAGUGUAG